GAGCCAGGAGGCCCUGCAUCCUGUGGAGGUCGUUGGAGUCACUAGCCCGCCGCUAGCUCUGUCGCUUGUUGGUCCGCGCCCUGCCCGCCCCAGCCAUGCUGUCCGCCCUCGCUCGGCCUGCCGGCGCCGCUCUCCGCCGCAGCUUCAGCACCUCGGCCCAGAGCCAGCAGGAGUCUUCAUUCCUGCAGUCCCAUGUGUGAUGGCUAGCCUGUGGAGGCUGCUAUAAGUAUAUCCUGUCACAAAUCUCUACAAACCUGAGUUCUUCCCCAUGUUCCUGAGGCACGCCUCUAACCUUCGCAAGGAAACUGGAUCUUUGGAUGAACAAUGCUAAAGUAGCUGUGCUCGGGGCUUCCGGAGGAAUUGGGCAGCCCCUUUCGCUUCUCCUGAAGAAUAGCCCUUUGGUGAGCCGCCUGACCCUCUAUGAUAUUGCUCAUACACCCGGAGUGGCCGCAGAUCUGAGCCACAUUGAGACCAGAGCGUCUGUGAAAGGCUACCUCGGACCUGAGCAACUACCAGACUGCCUGAAAGGUUGUGAUUUGGUGGUUAUUCCAGCUGGAGUCCCAAGAAAACCAGGCAUGACUCGGGAUGACCUGUUCAACACCAAUGCCACAAUCGUGGCCAACCUGACUGCUGCCUGUGCCCAGAAUUGCCCUGAGGCCAUGAUCUGUGUCAUUGCAAAUCCGGUUAACUCCACCAUCCCAAUCACAUCUGAAGUUUUUAAGAAGCAUGGAGUAUACAACCCCAAUAAGAUAUUUGGGGUGACAACCCUGGACGUUGUCAGAGCCAAUGCUUUUGUUGCAGAACUGAAGGGUUUGGAUCCAGCUCGAGUCAAUGUUCCUGUCAUUGGUGGCCAUGCUGGGAAGACCAUCAUCCCCCUGAUCUCUCAGUGCACUCCCAAGGUGGAAUUCCCCCAGGACCAGCUGACAACCCUCACUGGACGGAUCCAGGAGGCUGGCACGGAGGUGGUCAAGGCUAAAGCUGGAGCAGGCUCUGCCACCUUGUCCAUGGCAUAUGCUGGAGCACGGUUUGUCUUUUCCCUUUUGGAUGCAAUCAACGGAAAGGAAGGAGUUGUUGAAUGUUCCUUUGUUAAGUCCCAAGAAACGGACUGUUCCUAUUUCUCCACACCAUUGCUGCUGGGGAAAAAGGGCAUUGAGAAGAAUCUAGGCAUUGGCAAAAUCUCCUCUUUCGAAGAGAAGAUGAUAGCUGAGGCCAUUCCUGAGCUGAAAGCCUCAAUCAAGAAAGGAGAAGACUUUGUAAAGAACAUGAAAUGAGAAAGCAGUUAGUGAGCAAUCCAUUUCCUUAACUUAUUAAGGCAUCAUGUCACUGUAAAAGCCAUUUCAGGUAUCUUUCUGUUUCAGUUUUGAUGAUGGAUAUCUAUUAACAUUACCAUCCCUUCCAGAUCAUGGGUCAGUUUACUACUGGUGCAUUAAUAAAAGCAGGCUUUGAUAUUCUUUUUCAAGGUCUCUUCCAUAAAAGUUGUGCUUUCUUCCCCAUUAGAGCUGACUUCAGAGUAUCUGGCAUCUCUUUCAUCACAAAUAAAAACUACAUGUUAUUUAAA